AUUUGUAAUUUAAUAGUAUAGACAGUUAAUAGAAAUGAAGUCCGAUCGGUAGUUCCGCCGCGGACUGCGUCACCAUCAUCGGCCAGUAAUAGUUGUCUGAGGGCCGCCAGGUCGCCUGCCGCCCGGCGCCGCUCGUCAGCACGAGGCGUCUGACGUGUCGACCUACUUCAGCGCGCGGUGCGUGUGAUGCCGGUGGAUACGCGCGAGACCCGACGUGAGGUCUGCCCCCACCUCGCUGUUCGCUACAAUUUCACAACAACAACCUUCCGACCCGCCGCUGCUCUGUUAUGAGCGCGAACAUUGGACCUCUUUUUCUAACACCAUUCACCUUACGCGUGUCGUCUCAUCUCACGCGUUUAAAGAAAACCCGUUACUUUUACCUGCAAAAAGACUCUAUCUGCAGUUGUUAGCAGACAGACCUAUCACCGAUCUACAGCCUCGCUCUGACGCGGCGUUUCUGUGAGUGUUGAAGCGAGACAGAAAUAAGUUGUACGAAUCCAACACAGCAUACCGGUGCUGCAAGUUUUUGACAGUUUCUUCAUUUCAAAGUUGGCGGAGUGAUACCUCUAACGUCAUGUUUGUUUAUUAAGCGUUAAUUAAAUUUGCAAAAAUAAUAAUAAAUAGAAAUAAAGUAUAUGUAAAAGGUUGAGUGGGACGUAUAACAUUCGAGUGAGAACCGUGUCAGCGGUGCGUGCUCUGUGCGCGAGUGUACAUCGAGGAAUAGGAAAUGGCAGAGAUCCUGCCGCGGCGAGGGGCGGACAGCUGGCCCGUACCCCUGCUGCUGCUUGCCGUGCUGCAUCACGUCACGGCACAGCACGUGAACCGCGCGCCUCACUUCGUGCCGCAAGUCGGGGACAUGUCUCACUUCACGCUCGCAGAGGACACGCCGGUCGGGACUCCCGUUUAUCAACUCAAAGGCAUCGAUCCGGAGAACGAUCAACUACGGUACUCGAUAUCUGGGCAACACUUGUCGGUGGACGCACUGAGUGGCGUGGUGACCCUCGUGCGGAGCCUCGACCGUGAGGAGCUGGACCAGCUCGAGGUCAUCAUCAGCAUCACUGACGAGGCCAGGGAGUCAUCGGAGCCGAACACCGUGUCUCUGAGGCGCGUGAUCCCGGUCACCGACGUCAACGAUAACCCGCCCGUCUUCCUCAAUCGGCCCUACAUAGUGAACAUCAGCGAGGCGGCCCCGGUGGGGGCAGAGCUCCAGAUAAAUCCAAAAAUACUAGUAACAGACCGAGACGCCGGACUAAACGCAAAUCUCCUGGUGACGUGUUCCACCCGGGAGAAGGGCAGCGACGCUGAGGCGUGCGCCACCUUCAGGGUCGAGACUGUCGUGUUAUCGUCGAGCGAGUACGAGGUGCGGCUGUUCGUGGACGCCGCGCUGGACUACGAGCGCAGGUCGGCGUACGUGGUGACGCUGCAGGCCGCCGACGCGUCCGAGUCCCCGCUGCGCGCCGCCGCCAGCGUCGCCGUCGCCGUGCGGGACGAGCAGGACCAGCCGCCCGUCUUCCUCAACGCGCCCUACUCCGCCACCGUGCCAGAGAACACGCCCACAAACACCAGUAUACUAGAAAUAAUAGCAAAAGACGGUGACACAGCCAACCCGAGAGCAGUUCUUUUAACUAUUGAGGGUGAUACGGAAGGGUACUUCAAGUUGGUCCCCGAGAAGCCACUAGGGCGCGGUGUACUAGUCACUUCUGAUAAUCCAAUCGACAGAGAAAGUGAAACUGUUUUACAAAACGGAGGAGUCUAUACUUUCUUCAUAAAGGCUACCGAACUAAUAAACAACGAAGUGCCCUCGGACUACACGGUGACUUCGAUCACCAUCAUAGUGACGGACGUCGAUGAUCACGCUCCGAGAUUCAAUAAAGAUGUCUUCGAUAUUUCAAUACCUGAAAACAUAGAAAACGGCAGCCCCAUACCAGGACUAUCUAUUUACGUUGAAGAUGAUGAUAUCGGACAAAACAGUAAAUACGACUUGAAGUUGCGGGACGUGCUUAAUUCGAGAGAUGUAUUCGCCGUGACUACGGAACACGGCGAAGGACGAACGCCAAUCACCAUCAAAGUAACAGAUUCUUCCCGCUUAGACUACGACGUAGACAGUGAUGAAGGCAGGUUGUUCAGUUUGGACAUAGUGAGUUCACUGAAUGACGUGGAGCUCUCGGCGGCUAGAGUCAAUAUUAAACUUUUAGAUGUCAAUGAUAACGCUCCGGUUUUCGAACGGGCAACUUAUAAAUUCGAUACUUUAGAAAAUACUACCAUUGGGUCAAAGGUAGGAGACGUUGCAGCGACAGACAAAGAUUUCGGUAUAUUCGGAGAACUUGAGUAUACUUUGACUGGCUUCGGAUCCAAUCUAUUCAAUACUGAUAAGCAAAGAGGUGGAUUGUAUGUCCAGCAAGAGUUGGACUAUGAGAAACAAAAGAGUUACAGUCUAACACUUUUCGCUAAAGAUGGCGGAGGUAAAAGCUCAUCCACUAGUAUCUUCAUCGAUGUGUUAGAUGUCAACGACAAUGCUCCUAUAUUUGAGGCAACCGAGUACACCAGGACCAUCAGAGACGGCGCCACCAGCUUCGAGCCACAACUCGUUCUGCGAGCUAUAGACGUCGAUGGGCCGACUCAAGGAAAUGGUCGCAUUAAAUAUUCAAUAGAAUCUGAUAACAGCAUUAACAAUAAAGGCAGGGCGUUCGAAAUAGAUGAAGACACCGGAGAGCUCAGCAUUGUGGAUAAGUUAGAUAGCAUGGACACUCCGAGGGGACAAUAUGAACUUAUUAUUCGAGCAACUGAUUACGGCAUACCGGCCCUUCAUAACGACACUCGAGUCUAUAUUAGAGUCGGAGUCCCGGGAAAUCAACGGCCUACGUUCAAAGGGAACUAUCAUCUGUACAAACACACCGGGAACAAUCAGACUCUAGAUAAUACUAAUGAAUACUCGUUUGAUCUGAAUCCUAUGAACUACAAAGCAACUAUUAAAGAAAAUGCAAAGCCGGGUGACACCGUGACCAAGGUGACUGCCAGCGACCCGGACGGGCUCGACGCGCUGCUCGUGUACUCCAUCGUGUCCGGCUCCAAAGACAACUUCGUUAUUCAUGAAAAAAGUGGACUGAUAACCGUAUCGAGCGACGCGAACCUGGACCGCGACGUGAGUCCGGAGCGCUACGAGCUCGUGGUGUCGGCCGUGGACAGCGGCACGCCCCUGCCGGAGACCGCCACCACCACGGUGCUCGUGCUCGUACAAGAUGUUAACGAUAAGCCGCCCAAGUUCAAUUUCACGGAGUCCUCCACGUACAUCUCUGAGAAGACCAAAGUCGGUGACGUUGUCGCUAAGAUAGUAGCGUUCGACACUGAUGUCAGUUCAAAACUUAAGUACAGUAUUGUGAAACCGAUGAGAGCGCUCUCUAAGGCUGGCGUCCAGUUACAGCCAAACUCACCCUAUGAUUACGCCAACUUGUUCCACAUCGAGGAGGACACCGGGGAAAUCCGGGUCAACGGAACUCUGGACUACAAUCAAGCCAGCAUAGUUAUUCUAACCGUAAAGGUGAUUGACGUCAACGCCGAAAUAGAUAAAGACAAACAGUUUGCCACCAUCGAUCACACGAUCUACAUACAGCCUUAUGCUGAUAAAAACCCCCAGUUUACGAAUCCUGGUUGGAGUACGUCGCGGCCCUUGAUUUAUCACAAAAUUAAAGAAGACCAACCUAUCGGGAGCACCGUGCUCGUUCUCGCCGCUGAAGACCCAGUCUCGGGACAUCUGGUGUCCAACUACAAAGUUAUCAAUUCAGAGACGGAAUUACUUCAAGUGGAUCCUCUAACGGGGCAAGUGGUUCUGACUAAGCACCUAGACUACGAGGAACUCACCAGCCCGAACCUAACACUGACCGUGAAGGCCACGAGUAGUGACGGCGCCCGGCACAGUGAAGCUAAGAUAGUAAUUGAAGUCAUCAACAUUAACGACAAUCCACCGAUAUUCGAGAAAGAGGUUUACAGAGUGAGCGUUCUUGAAUCUGUGAAGCAUCCGGAACAUAUCGUGUCGGUGAAAGCAAAUGACGCAGACGCCGUUCUUACUGAACAAGACAAACUUGAGGGAUAUUCGGAUAUACGGUAUGCACUGCGCGGAGAGAAUUCAGAGCUGUUCACCAUCAACAACGUCACAGGAGCGAUACAGAUAGGCGCAGACAAGCAUCUGGACCGGGAGCGGCAGUCGGUGCUGCGCGUGCUGGUGGAGGCGAGUGACGUGCCGCGCGGAGGCGCCCUCCGCCGCACGGCCGCCGCGCUGCUGCUCAUAGACGUGCUCGACGUGGACGACAACGCGCCCGCCUUCGACAAGUCCCUCUACACCGCUGUAGUUCCCGAGAACGUGCCGGUGGGAAUGGGCGUGAUCAACGUGACGGCCACCGACCCUGACGAGGGGCUCGGGGGGGAGAUCCGAUACGAAUUCCUUGACGAGGGGGAAGCUGCAGGCUUGUUUAGCAUCGAGCCGCGGUCGGGGUGGGUUCACACAAGCGGCGCGCUGACCGGGCGAGGCCGCACGGCGCCGUACCGGCUGCUGGUGGGCGCGACGGACGCCGGCGGACACGCGGCUGACGCGUCGCUUGCCGUCUACAUCGGUGACGUCAGCGCUAACGAUGGCGUGCCGCGGUUCAUCCGGCCCGCUCCUGGAGAACUACUCACCGUCAACGAGAACACAGCGCCGGGCACUGUGGUGUACGAGGUGGUGGCGACGGACCCAGACGACCCCACGCAGCCCUCCGGCCAGCUCCACUACUACAUCCAGCAGAGCGAUGACCUCACUCCCGCCUUCACCAUCGAGAGGCGGACCGGUGUACUGCGCACGCGCGGCGCGCUGGACCGCGAGCGGCGCGCCGAGUACGCGCUGGUGGUGGUGGCCGAGGACGCGGGCCGCCCGCCGCUGCGAGCCACCGCGCUGCUGCGCCUCGCCGUCGCCGACCUCGACGACCACAAGCCGCACUUCGCCAGGAACCUCGACGACCCUCCAGUGGUGAUGUUGGUGCAAGAGGAAGUCCCAAUCGGUACCGAAAUCGGGAGGCUGCGAGCCAUUGAUGAAGACAUCGAAGAAAAUGCAGCGAUCGACUACGCCAUCAUAUCGGGCAACGAGCUGGGCGCCGUGCGGGCGGAGCGCACCACCAGCAACGAGGCGCGGCUGGUGGCGGCCGCGCGGCUCGACCGGGAGCAGCUGGACCGCCUGCUCAUCACCCUCAAAUGUUUCAAGCACGGAACCACCCCGACACUCACCGACGCAUACAACAGACUGGAUCCGUCGCAUAUCCAGGUGUUGAUAAAGGUGGAAGAUUUGGACGACAACAUACCCGAGUUCGUGGGCGGGAACGUGACGGUGGGCGUGCGGCUGAACGUGGCGCCGCACACCGCGGUGGUGACGCUGCGCGCCGCCGACGCCGACCCCGGGGCCGCCCCCCUCCGCUAUCUCCUCGCCGCGGCCUCCUUUCAGUCACCUAUUCAGGAGAAGUCGUUGUCCAAUGUUAGUGAUGUAUUUUCACUGGACAACGUGACCGGAGAGCUGAAGAUCGUGCAAAACCUCAUUCACUACGCGGACGGGAUAUUCAGGCUGCGGGUCCUGGCUUGUAAUUCGGACGAGGCCGAUCGUUGCGGACAGGUGUGGGUCGAGGUGACAGUGGUUCGCGAGCGAGAGCUGCUGCGGCUGGAGGGCGCGGGCUGGUCGCGGCGGAGGCUGGGCGACCUGCAAGCUGCACUGGACGCAGUGCUGGCACCCCGAGCUCUUCGACUCCAACUGCAUCUGCACGAUGCCGCCGCACACACGCAUCUCGGGCCGUGCUUCCAACUGCGCUCGGUGGAGACGGGCAGCGCCCAGACGGCGCGCGCGAUGCUGGCGACGUUGCGCGCGCUGGACGCGGACGUGCGCCGCGUGCUGGAGCAGUACUCCGUGCGCAACGUGACGCGCUGCGGCCCGCCGCCCGCCCCGCCCCGCGCCGCGCACACCGCCCUCCUCGCCCUCGCCGCCGCGCUGCCCCUGGCCGCCCUCCUCACCGCCGUCACGCUGUGCUGUAUGCACGAUGCCGCAAAGAAAAGUUCCCGCAAAGACUUGGUAGGGGUUGCGCCGAGCCGCCUCUACAGCGAGCCGCUCUACUCGUCCUGACGCGCGGCGGUCGCCCCGGACUCUCGACAGGACUAAUGCGACCAACCAACCACCAGCAAAACUCUCCCCGCGUGGGUCUCUUCGCCUAAGCUACGUUGAUGCGUUAACUUUCGAUAUUCGAAAUCAAAAUAACCUAAUGACCUCGCCAGAACAUCAGCAAAUAUAUAUAUAAUUGUAUCAAACGUUUGAAUCCUUAAUUACGCUAGUUUAUUGUUCGUUGUGAUCAGCCAUAAUUAGUACGAUAUCUCUAGAGCACUGCACUGUGCGAGCUGUCGUCGCGAACUACGCGUAACUAAGGUUGCCUGUCCACCGGAGCGGAGCGAGGCAGUGAAGCGGAGAAACGAAGAAAUAUUAAUCAAUAAGACUGCACAAAAUCUCCGCUCUUUAGUGGACAAGGAGUUGCGAGCUAGUUUAAAAAUUCAUACAAAACCGGUAAGCGGAGUGGUAUAGCGGAGCGAGGCAGCGGAGCGGGGAAGCGAGCGCGGGUGCGGGCGCCCGCAGUGUGAACUGACUCGUCACCUAGGUACUAAACUCCGCACCGCAUUACUUUUUCGCUCCGCUCCGCUCCCUCGCUCCGCUCCGGUGAACAGACACAGUACGCAACUCCGCUCCGCCUUACUCCGUUGCUCCGCUCCGCUGCCUCGCUCCGCUCCAGUGGACAGGCAGCCUAAGACUCCUCUGAGUCCUCUGACUGAGAAAAUUUAACAAAUAUUAAUGUAUUUAUAUUUAUGCACUUGCACGGUACAUUAGAUACGCAAACGUACAUGCGUAUUGAUGUAGAGAUUCUGAUAGUUAGUGUUAACGAGUAGGUACUAGUUGUAAUGAAUAACUUUGGGUGGCGAUGUUUCUGUCCAAAACUCCGACAAAACAAUGUGAUAUAAUAUGUUUAUUGAAAUUUAACAAAUUACAUUCUAAGUCAUGACGAAAUAAUGUACAUACAUAUAUUAGUAUUUACCAGAUAUAAUAAAUAUUUUUUUUAAGAA